AUGCCUACAAUCAAUGAUAAAAUGGAGUACCUGGAGGGGCAAAGCCGCAAAAAUAACCUGGUCUUUGACGGAUUGGUGGAAGCACCAGGGGAGACCUGGGCAGAAGCGGAGGAAAAAGUAAAACGGCUACUGGCGGAGAAGCUCCAGCUGAACACGGUGGAGGUGGAAAGGGCGCACCGUGUAGGGAGACGUGACAGCGGGGCGGACCGGCCGAGGCCAAUCAUCGCCAAACUACUGCGCUGGAAAGACCGAGAAGCCAUCCUGCAGCGUGCAAAAUGUCUCAAAGGAUCCAAGAUCUUCAUAAACGAGGAUUACACGGACGCGGUCAAGAAGAAAAGAAGAGAACUGAUACCGGAGAUGAGAGCCGCACGAGAAAGGGGAGCGAUUGCUUUUUUACGCUACGAUAAACUAAUUGUUCGGCCGCACACCAGCACAGCCAACCAAGCUAACCAAGCUAACCAAGCUAACCCAACGUAA